GGAAAAAUAGUAGGCAAGAGAAGAAGAGAAACACUGAGAGACCUCUACCCGUUUUUUGUUUCCUUUGAUCGAUAUCAAUGUCGAGAAGACGAAGUAAUCGUGUUAAAAAUAGUAAAAACGUGACGAGUCCUGGACGUGUUACUAUCAUUGAUGAUUGUGAGGAAGAUGAGUAUUUACACCACAGGUCAUGUUGGAAGCAUAUUGCUGUCUUGAACAAGCGUGUUUCUAAACCGAAGCGAGCCAAGGAGUUAGAGAUAUUGAAAUUGACUGCACCUUGUUUCUAUGACGAAUGCACACGCCGUGGCAGGUCUAAACGAAGGAUCAAGUGCAAGUAUUUAGCUUCCAAGCUACAGAAAAAACUCAAUUCCAAAGCUUUUGUAGCUUACCUAGAGGAUGUAUGGAGGAGCUUCUCGGAUGAGAGAAAGAAAUCUUUUGUCUACUUAGAUUGCUUAUGGUUCAGUAUGUACAAAAGCGAAAACCAUAAUAUUCGAAGCAGUGUUUUUGAUUCCAUCAAGACAAAGCAGAUCUUCUCUAAGAAAUACGUUUUUCUUCCUAUCGUCUACUGGAGCCAUUGGACUUUGUUGAUCUUUUGCAAUUUUGGGGAGGAUCUUGACUCUGAUAACACAUGCAUGUUGUUUCUUGAUUCACUACAAACAACCGACUCUUCGCAGAGGCUUGAACCAGAUAUAAGAAAGUUUGUGUUGGACAUGUAUAGAACUGAGGGAAGAACUGAAGACCAAAGAUUGGUUGAUGAAAUCCCGUUCCAUGUGCCAGUGGUUCCACAGCAGACAAAUGAUGUGGAAUGUGGGAGCUUUGUCCUCUACUACAUCCAGCGGUUUAUAGAAGAUGCCCCUGAGAAAUUCAGCGUUGAUGAUAUGCCAUAUUUUGUAAGUUUAUCAUUCAAUAAACAUUUUAUAGUUGUUCACGAUAAGUGGCUUCUUUUAUUGCUGGAUCUUGAAAUGCCUGCCCGAGUUUCGCUUAUGAUUUGCAGAUGAAAGAGGACUGGUUUAGCCAUAAAGACUUGGAAGAGUUCUGUGACAAGCUUGAUUCUUUAGGAACCAUUCAUUGACUGAAGAGAUAAUUUCUAAUGGCUUUAACACAUCAGCAUAGCGCAGAAGAUUAGGUACAGCUUGGAAUAUGAGAAGAUGAAUUUGGAAAGAUUCAAAAGAGUAAAUAGAUUCUGAAUAAGUAACCAGUUGGUAUGGAAUCUCAAACUUCAUCAGGAGGAAUCUAAGAGUUUUUUUUCUUCUAUGCGUGUUCUUUGAUACAUCUAUCAAAACUGUUGUUAUGUUUUUUGUCCCGGGGCUGCCUGUUGUUAAUCUUGUUUAGCGGCAACCAAUUAAUAUCUUUUGCAUCAUUGAUUAGUUCAGAUAUAUAAAUGACAAAAUUCUGAACC